AGGAAUAUUUUUCUUUCCCUUUACAUGAGAUUUCUCUCUUGUCCAAUGAAAACGUCAUAACAGCUCUCAAGCGAAUUCGGAGGAGUGCACUCCUCCUUGUCAUCUGGCAAGUUUUGUUGAUUCUUUACGUAGUUUUGUUUGUAAUUUAUAUUUUUCAAAAGCAUGUCUAGGAUUACAUCAAAAUAACAAACACGCUAAAAGCAUUAUCGCAUAAAAAAUGAUUGUUUUGUUAUUUCCCCGUCAUCUUCGAUGAAACAUCGAAAGGAUUCACGAUCUUUAAAUUCUUGAGUUGAAGGAGAAUUCUACAAAUAAUUUUUCUUAAGUUUUUCACUUUUUUUUGUGUGCUGCUGAUGUGGGUGAAAUUGAUAUGUUUGGCUGUGGUGAUGCUUUCGCCGCAAGCCGUCGCAUCAAAUACAAACCUGAGAACUCUCAGAACGUUCACCAUGCAAUUGUGUGACGGGGAAGAGCAUAGGAUAGAAUGUUGGCCCAACACUGUGAUAAGUAUCAGCAAAGCAGAUUACGGCAAGCCUGUCAUGGGUGAUAUUCAGUGUCUUGAACAAAGGGAUCCUCCCAGCUUGGAUAUACUUUCUAAACCAGGUUGCCAAGCACAAGAUGUGAGAGAGCGGUUGCAAACUGAAUGUAAAGAGAAGCAAGAAUGCUAUGUAAAAAGUACUCCUAAAAUGUUGCAAGAAGAUUUGUGCCCUGGCGUUCAAAGACAGCUUGAAGUUGCAUACAAAUGCAGACCAAAUAAAUUUUUUACCCGUGUGGUGUGUGAGAAUGAAAAAAUGAAGUUGAGAUGUAAGAAACCCUCAAGAAUCAUUAUUUAUAGUGCAUUCUUUGGGAGUUCAAUAGCUGGUGCAGAAGAAUGUCCUGAAGAUGCUCAUAAAUAUUAUGAAGAUUGUGAGGUGAAUUUUGCAACAGAGGCUGCUAUGAACAACUGCCAGGGCAGACGGAGAUGCACAUUGUCUGCUGAUUCGAUUGCUUUCGGUAUCACUGGCUGCUCUACUAAAGCUAAAGUUUUCUUGAGAGUUGUUUAUACUUGUGUUCCUAAAGAUUCUUUACAAGAUAUAGAGUUUCAAGAAGAAGCUGACUUCGACUAUCCUAAUGUCUUCAAAGAACCAAAUGUGUCUGAAAUAUUGCAUAAUCUGAAAUCUGAAGACAGUAUUAAUAUUAAGUUCACCACACCAUCCAGCUAUCAAAAUGUUAUACAUAAAGAUAUAUCUGAUUUAACAAUUGUAACAACAACAAAGAAAGCAGAUGUUCAAAGUGAUGAAACCAGUGAUGAUUUAACUGAUGUGAAUUGUACAGUUGCUGAUGACAAUCAGAAAGUUGUUGGGUUUCUCUCAGAGUGGAUAGCAGCUUAUAAAUUUAUCACAGAAAAUAAGGAAAAAUUCAUCUUAUAUGUGACAUUAAGUUUAGGAGUUGGUAUCCUACUCUUCUUAUUAGUAUUAACAGUGCGUCUUUACUCGCAGCAGCAACAAUCUCUUAAAAAAGCUAAAUUAAAUAUUUCUGAUCCCUUACCCCUUGGUUUUGAUGAGGAUUGUUCCGAUCUGGAUCAGUACGAUCCCCGUCAAGACCAGAGUGUAGAAGUUGUUCGCUACACCAACAUGUCAACAAUUAGAAGGCAAGACAGCACGAACCAACCACGUGCACCACUGUCUCAUUCCAUGAAUAACUAUUAUUACAGCUAAUAGUUUUUCAAUGGUUUACACAAACUGUGUUCUAAUUAUUGCUGGUCAAUUUUUUACUUAGUCUGAACCAAUCAAUGUGCAGAGAGUUUGUGGACAUUUAGAGUUAUUUUAUUUUAUGUGAGUGCCUGUUUGAUACAGAUAGCAAAGAAAUCUCAAAUUGUUUACUUAUAUUUCCGGUAGCAGAAACUCCAACACGGAUGUGGGUGCUGCAGAUUAUUUUUAACCUAAGACUUUUAGAACAUCUCUAAAUUUGUUUUUAAUCUAAAUUUUAAAAAAAGUGGAAUGUAGAGAACACACACCACAAAGAACAAAACUUAAAGAUUUUUUUCUUCUGUAAAUUGAUUACAGUUUUAACUACGUUGGAAAUUAUAAUAUUAUAAAAUUUAACUUGAAUUUAAACAUCAUUAAGUUUUUAUGUAUAAUUUUUAAAGACCUUAUAUUUGCAACAUGUAUGUUAUAUUAACUUUUAUUUUUACAAUAAAAAUUGCAGAAAAAUUUGUAUUUAUAAAAAUAGUACUGCAGAUUCACUCCAACAAUUCUGCUACCUGGUUUAUAUUGAGUUAUAUAGGAACAAAUGAUAUUUCAUUCGGAAUAUUAUUCAUUGUGUAUGCCAUAUCAUUUCAUUUGACUCAUUUGUAUGUUUAUUCAUUCAUAAAUUAUCUAUGAAGAGAUGUAAUGUUAGCAUAUAUUAAGUUUGUAAGAUAUUGUUAUAGGCAAACUGAGACUUAAAGCGUGAAUGGAAUUUGUAGUAUGUUGCAGCCCUGUUCUUUUAUCAGGCCCCUUCUUACAUUUCUAAUAUCUUGAAUAAUGUUAUUGAUAUGAGAAGAUACAUUGUAUAAUUAUGAUGUGGAUAUCAUAGGUGUAUUAAUUGGCCAGAUGAAAGAAGAACUUUUUAAUACAAAUAGUUAAGAGUAUUCAGUCUUUUAUUUGAAACUUUUUUUUUUUUUUUUUUUUCUACAAUUAUAUAUGCAGUGUUUUCCUAAUUAUCUAGAACUGAAAAAUUGGAGAGAAAAAAAGUAGAUCUGUAAAAUAUUAAUUUUAAAAUAGAAUAGGUUAUGGUUAAAAGAAACUGUUUUUGAAUUAUUUAUCUACUAUGGAUGAGCAUGAAUAAAGUAAUCAAAAUACUUAUACAAUAAGAAACAAAAUAAUAUUUAUUUAUAACGACUUGUCGCCCACUGUUUAAACAAGUAUUCUUAAUAAAAGAUUGUACAUGACAUUAGCCAUUUUUUCUACUAUUUUAAAUUAAACAGUAAAGUCAUAGAUUUUAAAAAUAGAUGAUGUUUAAUAGCAAUUUACACUUUUCUUAACCAAAAAACUCAUUCCUGAGAGCAAGAUAAAACACUGAAAAGAAUAACUAGUUUUCAUGGCUCAUCUGGCAACAGCAAAAUAAAUAUCCCCCAACCUCUAAAAUAUGUUUUUUUUUUUUUUUUUUUUUUUUUCAUCAACCUGAAUGCAAGCACGAAGUCUGUAGAUAAUCAGGACUACACUGUAUGUAUUAUAAUAGUUCUAAAGGGGUAAAUCAUGUUUCGAGAAUAUAAUUUGUUAUUGAGUGAAAUUAAAGAAAAAAUUAUUGUUUUUUUUUUAUCUAUACUCAAAGUGUAAAGGAAUGAUCUUACUGUUAAAAAAAUAAUCCAAAAUAACUUAACUGCAAAUUUUAUUUGAUAAGAAGCCAUAAAAUGGUUAUACUUCUAAUGAAAUUAACUAUAAAUAGUUAUUUUGCCUUCAUUGAACAAAAUCAUUUAUUUAUUAUG